CUCCGAUUGGUCCAUGCUGUAAUUCACAUCCAGGAAGUGUUCUAGUAGGGAAGCAAACAUGGCAGCUUACAGAUGCGGUUUAUAUCUAGCAUUAAUUUUGAUUCUCUCCCGUAUAGUUCACCCCGGCAUUGCUGACACGCUUGAAAAAGCAAACGACACCACAGGAGAAAAGCAAAGCGCUUCAGACGCGCCGCGAGAUAAUACCGACGCUAGAAGUGUCGAUCUGAAUGAAAGGCAGUGGCAAAAGACUGAUGUGGAACCAUACACAGGAGAUGAUCCACAAAACACCCCGUCUGUUAGACCAGUCAAAGAUCAAUUCGAGGAGGAGCUGGUCAUCAGGCCUCUGCACUCCGGCGACAUCUAUGCCAGUUUCCAGUUCCGCACACUCUGGGAUGUUGACUUCCAGCAAGAGGGACAGAAAACUUCUCAUUACCGUUUGUUCCCCAAAUCCCUGGGCCAAGUGCUUUCCAAGUUUUCGGUGCGUGAGCUGCACAUCUCCUUCACGCAGGGCUACUGGAGGACCAUGCAGUGGGGGCAGCCCUUCAUCGCUUCUCCUCCUGGAGCAGAGCUCUGGGUCUGGUUCCAUCACACCGUCACCGAUGUUGAUGGUAACUGGAGGGAACUUACCAACGUCCUCUCUGGAAUCUUCUGUGCAUCUCUGAACUUCAUUGAUCUGACCAACACAGUGCAGCCCAGUGCUUCCUUCAAACCGCUGGGUCUGGGAAAUGCUACAGAUCACAGUUUUUUACGUUAUGCGACGCUGCCACGGGAAAUUGUCUGCACUGAAAAUCUGACACCCUGGAAGAAACUUCUGCCUUGUGGUUCAAAGGCAGGUCUGGCGGUUCUCAUGAAAUCAGAGAAGCUUUUUCACAGCAGUUUCCACUCCCAAGCUGUUCACAUCAGGCCCGUCUGUCAGGAUGAACAAUGUACAAGUAAAGCAUGGGAGUUGAGGCAAACUCUCAAUGUGGUGUUUGAUCUCUACACUUCAGGACAAGGCAAAAAGGAAUGGUCCAUGUUCAAGAUGUUUUCACGGACUCUGACAGAGGCAUGUCCACUUGCUUCCUCUAGUAAAGUCUAUGUGGACAUCACAGACAACCCUGAGGGGGAGCUGUUUGAGCUCAGUCCUGUUACAGCUCUGCUCAGCCAGGCUGUGGUUCUAGGAGAUCGCAGGACAUAUUCAGUCUAUGACUUGACCAGAGCUGAAACAUUUGGACAGUUACGCUCACUCAAUCUUCUGCUGCGCUGGAAAGGAGAGAGCGGUGAUAUGCUGCGUCCGCUGCUGCAUGCAGAACGCUAUGUGUCUGGUUUUGGGCUGCAGACGGGAGAAAUCCACACAGUCAUCUACAAUAACCACCCGUUUCGGGCGUUUCCUGUACUGCUGAUGGAUUCAGUGCCCUGGUACCUGCAGCUGUACAUUCACACGCUCACAGUCACCAGCAAGAGCAGAGAAAACAAGCCCAGCUACAUUCACUACCAGCCGGCUAAAGACCGCCACCGUCCUCAUCUGCUGGAGAUGUUGAUUCAGCUGCCCCCCCACUCCAUGACAGAGAUCACGGUGCAGUUUGAUAGGGCUCUGCUCAAAUGGACUGAAUACACCCCUGAUCCCAACCAUGGCUUCUACGUCGGAUCUUCUGUGGUCAGUGCCCUUGUGCCAAGUAUGGUUGCAAUGAACACCAACUUCACGCUGGACCAGCCAUUGUUUAGCAGUUUUGUCCCAGUGAAGGAGGAGUCCAGCUAUUUUAUGCGCGUAUACACUGAACCCCUGCUGGUAAAUCUGCCCACUCCUGACUUCAGCAUGCCCUACAAUGUCAUCUGUCUGACCUGCACGGUGGUGGCGGUGGGUUACGGCUCAUUUUACAAUCUACUGACCCGCACAUUCCAGGUGGACGAGCCCAGCCCACCACUGGCCAAACGACUGGCCAACCUGAUUCGGCGUAUAAGAGGAGUGCCAUUGCUGACAUAAAUGCCCAGAGCAGCUCUGAUGCCCCCAAGUGCCCAUAUUAGGCAGCUGAGAGAAUUGUGAUGCUGAAAUUAUCGACAGCUGCUGGAGUUUUUGGAUGCUUUUCGGCUCUGGGAGGAAGGAUUUGAUGCCAAGUGACUGUUCUGAACAUUUGUUAAACAUAUGAGCUACCUGUAUUGGAGGAUUAGCCUGAUUUUUUUUAUUUAUUUGUUCAUUAUGUUUUGUUAGUGUUUGUUUUGAUUUGAGGCAUGCAAGCCAAGAUUAACCUUUUUGUUUUAUUUAUUUAUUUAUUUUUUGUCACAGGCAAAGAUUGUCCUUCAUUUUGUUAGUGUUUGUUUUGAUUUGGUUCAUGUAAGCAAAAAUUGGCCAUCUUUUGUCUUUUGUUAGUUUUUUUUUUUUUUUGUCUCAAGCAAAACAUUUUCUAUCAUUUUGUUUUUAGUGUUUGUUUUAUUUUGAGCCACAAGGAAAUAUUUAACAUCUUUUUGUUUUUGCUUGUUUUUUCUCAAAACCAAAGGUUGUCCGUCACUUUCUUUGCUGUGUUUUUUUUUUUUUUUUUGCUAGUGUUUUGUUUUUCUUUUUUAAGCCACAAGAAAAGCUUCGAUUGUCUUUCAUUUUGUUUUGGUUGUGUUUGCUUUGAUUUAAAUUACGCAAACAAAGAAGACAGAAAAAGAUUGAGCAUAAUUUUUUUUGUGACAAGCAAAGAUUGUUCAUUUAGUUUUGCUUGUGUUUGUUUUGAUUUGGUUCACAGAAGGAAAUAUUUUCCAUUUUUUAUUUUAAUUUUUCUUGUGACAAGCAAAGAUUGUCCAUCACUUUUUUGUUUUGCUAGUGUUUUGUUUUGAGUUACAUAGGGAGGUGGACCACUUUUUCCCCCUCUCUUUUCUUUUUUUGAGUUGCAAGAAAAGCUUGUCUUUUUUUGAACUUUUUAUGUUUUAGGAAACAAAAGAAACGAUUGAUCAUCUUUUUGGUUUUGUCAGAGUCAAAGAUUGAAAGAUUGUCCAUUUUGUUUUUUUGUUUUUUUUGAGUCACAAGCAAAGCUUGACCAUAUUUUUAUUUUUGUUUGUUUUUUUGUCUCAAACAGAUUGUCCAUUUUGUUGUGCUAGUGUUUGUUUUGUUCACGUAAGCAAAUAUUUUCCAACUUUUAUUUUAGUUUUUCAUGUCACAAGCAGAGAUUGUCCGUUUUGUUUGUUUUCAUUUGAGUCUCAAGCAAGAUUAAACAUCUUUUUGUUUUUGUAUUUUUUUCCACAAGCAAAGAUUCUCCAUCACUUUUUUGUUUUGCUAGUGUUUGAGUUGUUUUGAGUUGGCAACUUUUUUUUUCCUCUUCUAUUUUGUUUUUUCUUUUUUUGAGUUCAAGAAAUGCUUGUCCUUUUUUGUAGUUUUUAUGUUUUGGGAAACAUAAGACACGAUUGACCAUCUUUUUUGGUUUUGUCAGAGUCGAAGACUGUCCAUUUUGUUUUGUUAGUGUUUGUUUUUAUUUGAGGAACAAGGAAAUAUGUAUUUCAUACAAGGAAAGAUUAACCAUCUUUUUGUUUUUGUUUGUUUUUUGUUUUUUUUGCCACAAGCAGAUUGUCCAUUUUUGUUUUGCUAGUGUUUGUUUUAAUUUGAGUCACAUAAUCAACCGAGAUUGCAACCUUUUUUUUCUUUGUUGCUGUUUUUCUUUUGCAAACAAAUAUGUAUGCAGUGCAGUUUUGGGAAAGUAGUAGUAUGGCCUACUGAUAGAAACAUACAUGGAAAAAAGCCUUAUGUUAAGUCUUCACCGUUUACUCCGCUGCUUUGUGCAAAAUCUCACAGAAACAGAGAUGCUACACUCCUGAAACUACUGAAAGUGGACAUUUAGGAAUGUGGCAAAUAGUUUCCACAUUCUGUAAUGCACUGAUAUUUAAAUGUGUUGUUUGAAAGGGACUGCUUUUUUAAAAGCGUUUAUCUUUUUUUUUGCGCAGUUGCCUGUGUGCUGACCACAUAAUGACCUCCAGACUGGAAUUCAAAUUUUGAAGCACAUCUUUUACAUUGGUCAGUGUUCCAAUAAUAAACUAACUGGAAACCUAGAACAUGUGUUGAGAAUUGUGAUUUGACUUUCUCUUUUUUUCUUCAUGCCUCGAGGGAUUUUGCAGAAGAAUGUCAAGCUUUUUGGAGGGUUUAGGAAACUAUUUGGCAUCCCUCUCUCCCAGUGGUGCCCUUCAGUUUGAAUUAUGUGAAAGAGGCUCUGCAUCUGCUGAAUAUAAAUUCUUCCAUCAUC